AUGGCGGAAGUAUCUUUAGAUCCAGUCCUUCGGGCAUUCUGGGAACGGUUCCCAUGUCCGCCAUCUUGGAAUAAUGACCUGUUGUUCCGGACUAAUUGGACUUCCUGUGUUGCCCCUAGUGUAGGGGAAAGGAUUAUUGUGUUCAUGGCGGAUAAAUGUGGAAUCAAAAAUCUACCUAGUCAUAUUACCCCACCACCCAGAGCAGGUGCCCCUGGGGAUAUCUUAGAAGACGCUUGUUCUUUAAAUUGUAAAAUUAUUGUGGCACUAGUGUGUGUUCUCUUUGUGAUAUUUACUGUGACUGGAAUUAUUAUUAUUAUCUAUAGGAAAAGAAAAUGUAAAAGGAAAUCGAGUCCGCCCCAUCCGUCGUCUGGUGAUAAAAUGUUCACGUCUGGUAUCAAUAACAGCAGACGUCAGGCACCAACUAGCAUUCCGGCCUCAGCCUCCCUGGGUGAUCAAAAUCAAAAUCCUUUACUUCGUCGUCCUUUACCACCAUUACCAAAUAACUGUCAUUUCGCUAAUUAUCGAAUACUCCCGGAUGGAGACAAUUCUUCAUCUUGUGCCAGUCAUAGCACAGGAGGACAUUCUCCAGUGUACGAAUAUAUAGACGAUCCUAGUGUGCAUUAUGGGUGUCAACCGUGUCACACAUGUCAUAGACAUUCAAGAGAAAUAGGAUGCGUAGCAUGUGUUCCUACGCGGCAGAAUUGCGACCGAAAUAGUUCUCAGGAUUUAAUCCGAUUUAGCUUCGGACAUCCAGGUUAUAACGACGAUCCUGGCGAUGAAAUUUGGUUUGAUGAACAAGGGAGACAAUACAACGCUCCAUGGAAUGAUAGACAAUUGAUAAACAUGUUUAAGAAUGUCAACCAAAAUGACCCGCGGAUUCGAGACGUCGUACCUCCUCGCAGAUCUCAAAGUGGACAUAGAUUGUCGAGAGAUUCUCGUGAAAUGAUGCCAGUUUGUGGUUGUCAAGAACGUUAUCAGCGCGAACAUAAUUACCGAGGUGAUAUGGAUGGCGGUCGUAUUCCUCAUAGUCUUUCCAACGAAACUCAAUUUGUGAACCUUCCAAACGACGGAUCUGGCGUAACAAUUCAUUAUAAUCCGAGAAAUUCACAAGGAUUCCAAGAUGGCCGACGUCGAGCGCCGUCUAGGGGAAAUAGUUCUCAUAGACUAAGUCGUCCAGAAAUGCCUUUAUCGCCAUCAGGUGACCGAUUGUCUUCACGUGAAGGAACUGACAGAAGGCCGAUUCCUGCUAUUCAUACGGAUUAUUUUUCCUCUGACGCGUGA